AUGGAUAAGAAGGACUUGGCCCCGGCUGGCAAGCUCGGCGAGCAUGGUCAGGCGGAGGCCGCCUACAGAAGGGCUGUAACUGUCAACCCAUCGUCCCUGCUGGCAUGGAAGGGCCUGUCAGAGCUGUUUACCUCACAAGGAGCCAUCACCUCUGACUUCAUCGAGACACAGGAAAAAUUGCUGGAGCUUUCAGAGGGUGUGGAAGCUUCUGAGAAGCGGCAGGGGUACAAAAGAGUGCUGGCAAAGGCAUAUGCGAGCUCUGGACAGCUGGAAAAGGCGAUCCUGCAUCUGCAGGAGCUUCUGAGGGAUGACUCAGCCGCUGCAGAGAUCUGCCUGGAGCUGCUGUGCAGCCUUGCAGAUGCCCAGCUGGCGCUGGGAGCGAGGGGCAUUGAGCUGGCAGGGGGCAGGGACGCUGUAUCUGAGAUUGUGGGUCAGACAGUGGCGUCCCCCAGAUUUGCAGCGUACCACAAAGCCUACUCAGACCGCUUGUGGAGUGAUGACAUGUGCCGGGAGGCUGCCGUCACAUGCCAGCGCCUAAUCAGGCGCUCCACUUCAUCCCGCCCUCUGCAGACGCUCCUGAAGCUUCAGCUGCGCUCGAGUCAUGACCCGGCAGCACAGGAGGCGGCGGCAUUGACAGCGAGAAAGCUGGCGCAUCAAUUCCCAGAGUCUCCCUUGGCUUCUGUGGGGCUGGGCCUGACGCUCUAUCAGAGCUUGAGUAGUGACUGUGCUGAGCCAUCCACCAGCCAACAGCGGUCCCUUAUCCUGCAGCUUCUGGAGCGGGGGGACCUGGCGGCAGCGGGGGGCCUCCCCCAGGCCUGGCUGGCCAAGGCGCGCAUGCAGCUGCAGUCCUGCAACCACAGCGGCGCUCUUGAGACGGCCACACAGGGGCUCAAGCUUUUGCUGAAGCAGCAGCAGCAGCAGCAGCUGGCGGCAGAGAGUCCAGUCAGCGCUGACGAGGAUGCGCUGACGGAGCUGCGACUCAUCAUCGGGAUUUGCCUGCUGUCCCAGGGGCAGGCCGAGCGCGCUGUCACCGCCCUUAAGCAAGUCGCAGGGAACACUGCCAAACCGGGUGCUACGCAGCCGACUGUGUUGCAGCGGCGCGCGCUGGCCGGCCUGGCCCGGGCGGCAGCUGCGAGCGGCGACCGCGAAGCUGCGCGGCAGCUGCACGCUCGUGUUCUCGGUAACGCGCUGACUCAGCAGCCGCCGUCGCGCUCAGCGCCACCGGCAAAGCCCGCGGCGAACUCGCUGGCCGCCUUUGAGCACAUCCUCGGCGCUGCCGCGCUGGCGCCCAAGGCCAAGCCAGUGCCGGAGGCAACGCCGCCGGAUGCCGAGCACUGGGCGCACGGUGACUACGGCUGGUUCCUGUUCGAGGAGGGUGACUACAAGGGAGCUGGGGAGCAGCUGCAAAAGGCCGAGGCAUUCGCAGCGGACGGAGAUUUUGAGGUGGCGGACUGGGAGGUCGCGCAGCAUCGCUGGCGGCUGGGGCGCGCGCACUGGGAGCUGGCGGAAGCUGCCGGGCAGCGCGGGGAAGCUGCCAGGAAAGCGGCGGCUGCCAUGUGGCUCCAGGCCGCCGCCGUGGAGGGCCCUCAGCAGGCACCGGCGUUUGCAUGGCUGGGCCGGUCCUAUUUAAGAUCGCCGGCUGGAGUUGGCCCGGCGCGGCGGUGUUUCCAGAGAGCCCUCUCCAUUGACCCCUGCCUCGCCAUGGCCGGCGACGCGCUGAUGGGCCUGCUUCGGAAGGCCGGGGCGGCCGCUCCCGCGGCGGCGCUUUGCCGGGAGAUUGCUGCGCAGUACCCGGAGGCGGCCUGGGCGCACGUGCAGCUGGGCCUGCUGCUGCUGGGGCAGGGGUACGCAGAGGAGGCCGUGCCUGCGCUGCAGGCGGGCAUCAGGGGAUAUGAGGCGAAUGCUCGCGCAUGGGAGGGGCUGGGAUCCGCGUAUCAGGCGCUGGACCGUCUCACUGCCGCAACCAAGGCACGACCCAAAUUGGAAGCUCAAAAUUUUGAACUACAUUGCGCUGCAUAUGCAAAGGCGCUAGGGUUGGACCCAGCACGCCUGUACAGCCUGGUGCAGAGCAGCACAAUCUAUUUGGCGCUCGGAGCCUAUUCAGACGCGCUGGCCUCCGCAGAAGCUGCCCUGAAGCUGGACCCCCGCAUCGCAGCCGAUGAUCUGGAGGCGGCUGAGCGCCACCUGGCGUCCUGCCUGGCAGGCGCGGGGAACCUGGAAGCCGCGCUGAAGCUUCUAGGCGAUGUGCGCCUGUGCGCGUACUCUGCCCCUCCGCUUGAUCCGAUGCGUGCACUCAAACAGCCUGUGACAGCCCGAGAGCACCUGGACGCUGCCGUCAAGAGGUGGCAGCGGCAGAUUUCUGCGAUGCAGGCGGCGAGGCGCGCGUACGCGAGGGCGUUGCAUGCGGCGCCGCAGCGGGGGGCCCACUGGGGGGACCUGGCAGCCGCCCUGCAGCUGGAGGCGCAGCUUCGCCGCGCGCACUCGCGCAUGGCGCCCGAACAGGCUCCCCGGCUGAGAUCUCUCGCCGAACGCAUGCUGAGAGGCGGCCUGCGGUUGGCGCCGGCUUCGGCGGAUCUGUGGGCGUGUCUGGGUGCAUGUGCGGGGUCUCCUGCCGCACGUGAAUACGCCCUUUCGCGCGCCCUCACCCUCGACCCAAAACAGGCGCCCAACUGGGCAGCCCUGGGCAGGCUGUAUGUGGAGGCCGGGCAGCCCCUGCUGGCAGAGCGUUGCCUGGCAGCUGCCCGCAGCCACGACCCGGGCAGCGCUGCAACUUGGGAAGCCAUGGGAUCACUGGCAGCCCUCAGCCCCCAGGGCUUGGAAGAGCGGGGGGACCUGUACUCUCAAGCUGUGAAGCUGGGCGGGGGGCCCGAAGCGCUGAUGGGCUUAGUAGAGGGAACGCUGCGCGCCGGACGACCCUGCCAUGGCACCGUCUACGCAGCUGCACGAAGAUGUGCAGAGGCGCAGCCGCUGGAUGCUGCGGCAUGGAACGCCCUCGGACGCGUGGAGGAGCAGCGAGGAAGCUUCCUUGAAGCUGCGUCGGCCUACGAGCGCGCCGAGGCCCUUCUCGCUGAUUCACCGGGAGGCACAACAAAUGGGAAUGCUUGCACCGAGGACUGCAUCAUGCAGUCACAUCCCGCCUCGGACAUUCUGCAUGACUUGCUUGCAGCCGUGCGGCUGAACCUGGCACACGCACAUGUCAGAGCCGGGCAGCCUGCCCGGGCAGUCGGGCAGUACGGGCAGCUGGUCGCUGGGGGGCAGAUGCCCGAGCGGGGGGACCUGCCCGAGCGGGCAGCUGACUGGGUCAGCUUUGGGCAGGCUCUGGCGGGCAGCGGGCAGCCCGGGCAGGCUGAGUCAGCGUUUCAGCGAGCCAUGUCCCCGGCCGCCCCGAUCAAGGUUCAGCUGGCGGCGCUGCAAGGAGUUUGCAAGCUCAGGAUCCAGCAGGGCGAUGUGCGCGGGCUGCUGCAGCGGCUGGACGACAGCUUCGAGCUGUUAGUCAGCGCUGAGUCAUCGCAUGACUCAGCCGCGGCGCACUCGGUGUGGCUAACUGUGCUGGCGGCCGCGGCGCUGCCCGGCUAUGCUUCUGCGCGGGGCAAGAUCCACUCCCGAGUGCAGACCUGGAAGUUGCUGGCUGGUGGCGGCAGCGCAGAGUUCACAGCGCAGCAGCAUCGAGUCACGGCGCUGGGUAUGCAGGCAGCAGGGGAUGAUCUGGCGGCCUCCAGGGAAUUGAUGCGCGCGCUUCGCUUAUGCCCCUGGCUGAUUGAGGUACGCGUGGCGCUGGCCUGCUGCGUUCUGCGCAUCUCCCCUGAGCGCCACAUCAGCGCCGGGCGCCUGAUCAGGAGCGAGUUGGUCGAGCGCCUCAUCAGGCGACCACCAGGUGAAGAUGGUGAGUCAGGCGCAGAGCUGAUCGAGCAGGCGAUGAUUGCGCGCACCACAGCCGCCCUUACAGCCAGCACUGAUGGAUCGGCCUUGUCAGAUGUGCAUGCAUGCGCCAAGGUGCUGUCGGCGUGCAUGCACAUGCACCCGCACCGCGCCGCCUUCCCGGGCCUGGCCGCUCCGCUGCUCGCGCGCAUCGACGACCCUUGCAUGCGCAUCGACAACCCCGUCACAGGCAUCGACGACCCUUGCGCGCACAUCGACGACCCCGCCGGGGCCGGCCGCGCGGCGUCCGCCGUUUCCCGGGUCCGAGCCGAUGCGCUGCGGAGGCGCGCGGCUGCGCUGCAGUCAGGGACAGGCUCAGGCAUGAUGGCCUCGGGGGAGAGCUUCCUGGACACAAGGCUCACCCCGCUGCUGUCGGCAGCCGGAUGA